AUGGCUUCCUUUCCAGCCCUACGCGCGCAGUAUAGCUCACUGCUAAAGCAAUUCGCAUCAUCCUCGAAGGACUUCGCAGUGUUGAGCAGCGUGCCCGAACGCUCUCCGCCAGCAAAGACUCUCUUUGUGCUAGACUCAUCUCGCCUCCUCCUGCUACUCGCGACACAAAAUGCAGACAAGCCCUCAAAACCGGCCUCUUUUGAGGACCGGCUCGUCAUGAUGGAGCUAUUUGCGCACGACUUACGCUCCCACUUGGCGACGAGCUCGCCCAAGGGACUCAACUCAAAGGAUGAUAUCCCGGCGAUCGAUAUCUGCGUCACCAAAAAGCCCUACUUUGUUGAUAAGGCGACGGCAAUCGAGGCAUACGAUUGCUAUUCCGACGUUCUUGAACAGAUCCAUCUCACCGGCUACGAUACCCUGAUCCGCAUCUUUAAUACGAAAUACUACCCACCCGAACACACAUUACAACCAUUAGCCUCGUUAUUUUCAAAGCAUCGCUUACGCGUGACAAUGCGGCCGAGCGACGAAUGGGGUAGUCGAGAGGACCAAGAAGAGUUUGUGCGCUCGCUUGCUCGUGGUGAUCGUGAGGCCGAGGGUGGACUGAGGGAAUGGGCGCAGAAGAUCCAACUCGUCGAAGGGAGAAAGCCUGGCGAUCCAUCUGUUAGCUCUACUCGUGCUCGAGAUGCCAUUCAUGGUGCUGUUGAGGAUCUGGAAUGGCUGGUCCCGGAAAAGGUGCGCCAGUAUCUUCUCGCGGAGAAGCCGUAUACCUAG